AUGUCUCCUGAAUACUUCUACACCGGCAAGGCCAGCAAAGAGUCGGAUGUCUACGGCUUCGGAAUCGUGGCGUUGGAGAUCGCGUGCGGGAGAAGGACGAUCCAGCCAAUGGAGCACCCGAACAAGGUGAGGCUAGCCGAGUGGGUGUGGGAGCUCUACGGAAGGCAAACCAUCCUGAAAGCGGCGGACGAGAAGCUAAAAGGCGACUUCGACGAGAAGCAGAUGGAGAGCUUGAUGGUAGUAGGAUUGUGGUGUGCUCAUCCGGACUACAACCUGCGGCCAUCGAUCAAGCAGGCGAUCAGCGCACUGAAUUCGGAGACACCAUUGCCUGUGCUUCCUGCUAGCCGGCCGGUGCUGACGUACAGCGUGCUUUCCAUGGACGACGCGUCGAUUGCUACGGUAUACAGUGUCAAUGAUUCACCUUCCGACCGUUGUACACAUUCCUGCGAGCGAAGCUCGUCUCCAACUGGACUUUCGAAGUAAGAUUGAUGUGGAACAGGACCAACAUCUGACAUGAAUGUUUGUAUAUAAGUUAUUUGGACUGGAUUUUCGCGCAUCAUACAAGUUAUCGACAAUAAGA